AUGGCGGCAGGAAAUCACUCCACAGUGACUGAGUUCAUCCUCGCUGGGCUAACAGACAAACCAGAGCUCCAUCUGGUCCUCUUUCUUUUCUUCCUAGGAACCUAUGUGGUCACAGUGGUGGGGAACCUGGGCAUGAUUACACUGAUUGUGCUCAGUUCUCACCUGCACAUCCCCAUGUACUAUUUCCUCAGCAAUUUGUCCUUCGUUGAUCUCUGCCAGUCCACUAUCAUUACCCCCAAAAUGCUGGUGAACUUUUUGACAGAGGAGAACACUAUCUCCUACCCGGAAUGCAUGACUCGGCUCUAUCUCUUUAUUGUUUUUGCUAUUGCAGGGUGUCAUAUGUUGGCUGUGAUGGCAUAUGAUCGCUAUGUUUCCAUCUGUAACCCAUUGCUUUACAAUGUCACCAUAUCUUAUCAGGUCUGCUCCUGGUUGGUAGUUGAGGUAUAUAUGAUGGGCUUGACUGUUGCAACAGCUCACACAGCUUGCGUGCUAAGAGUGAUUCUCUGCAAGGCUACAAUAAUCAACCAUUACUUCUGUGACUUUUUACCACUUCUGGAGCUCUCCUGCUCCAAUACCUACAUCAAUGAAGUGGUACUUUUGUGCUUCAGUGUAUUUAAUGUUCUUGCACCAACCUUGACCAUCCUUGGCUCCUACAUCUCCAUCAUUGCCAGCAUUCUAAGAAUCAGCUCCACCGAGGGCAGAUCCAAAGCCUUCAGCACAUGCAGCUCCCACAUCUCGGCUGUUACACUCUUUUAUGGUUCUUUAACAUUCAUGUACCUACGGCCAUCAUACAUCAGCUGCAUGGACCAAAGCAAAGUGUCUUCUCUGUUUUACACCAUUAUUGUGCCAAUGCUGAACCCUCUGAUCUACAGCCUGAGGAAUAAGGACGUCAAAGUUGCUUUCAAUAAAAUCAUUGAGAAAAGACCAUUUUGCAUUAGCAAAGAUUUAUAAUUCUUGGAGACGAUUCGGUAAGGAAGGAGUCCAGAGACAGCAACAUAU